AUGUCAGUACAGGAGACGGUAUUGGGACAUUCAAGCUCGAGAGCGGUCUUAGCCCGAACGAUAACAUCAAAGGCGUCGCCGGGGAGAGAGAGGUUGAUAUCGGCAUCGCGCUCGGCUUUGUUGAAGGGAGUGGAUGAGAUGAGGACGGAGCCAUCACAGCCGUUGGGAAGACAGUCAUGAAAGAAGAGGCGAAGAGUUCCGGCGGCAGUGGAAGGACUAGUGAUCUGCUUGUUGGUGACGGUUUCUUGUAUAAUCUGGCUGAAUCUCGGACAGGAUUUCCGGUAG